AUGACACAAAUUGGUGUUGGUAUUGGUGGAAAUAAAUCACCUACAAAACCUGUUAUUGAUAAACGAAAUCAUACAAGUCGUAAAAUUGGUUCAACAACAGUUGAUGAUUUUGAUGAUGAAGAUCCACAAAAUUUACUUGCACAAAGCGUAAUGAAUACUCAAAAUAGUAGUAAUUCAUCUGAACAAAGACGUAUUGGUGGUGUUGAUGAUGAUAAUUCAAAUUCAUUUGAAUCACAUUCGGAUUUUGAUUUAACAAAUAUUAAUGACAACAAAACACAUACAUCAAAUAAUAUACAUGAAAAAACUUCACGACAAAAAAAUCGUCGUGGUAUGAGUGUUAAUUGGGGUAAUAGUCCAACAACACCAAUAAAUACAUCAUCAACAAGAACAAAUACCAAUCGACGUUCUCGUCCAAAUCGUGGACAUGUUAAUCAAAAACAUAGUUCGAAUGUAAAAUUUUUUGCUUCAUCUAUGGCACAUUCACUUUAUAGAAAUCCAAUACGUUUAAGUGGUUUAUCAUCAACAUCAAAAACAAAAGGAACUAAUUCAAUGACAAAUAAAAAUUUACUACAAACUACUUCAAAUCAACAACAAAUACCUAUAACAUUAACACCAAUACCAUCGGAACCUGAACUUUUAACAUGUCGAGUUUAUCCACCACCACAACCACGACCAGAAUCAUUAGCAAUUAUGUCUGAAGAAUUAUUUCAUCAAAGACUUAAAGCUCGUCAAUCACCAUUAGUAAUUGAAUCAGCUAUAAAAUCAUCAUUAAAUGUUAAUAAUAAAUUAUCAACUAAUUUUCCCUCCACAUCAUCAUUUCUUUUGGAUAAACAUUGUAUUGAGGAUGUUACUUAUUCAACAACAAAUCAAAUUUUAUCAACAAAUUCUGAUCAAACAAUAACAAAUCAAAUAACACCACCACCAUCACCAGAAGAACAACAAAAAAAAUUACAUGAAACUAAAGAUAAUCCUAUUGAAUUAUCAACAGACGAACAACAACAAGAACAACAAGAACAACAAGAACAACAGGAACAACAACAAAUAUCGUCAUCAAUAAAAGCAAUUAUUAAUAGUAGUGGAGAUUCAUCCGAUGAAAGUUGGCGUUUACUUAAUAGCAAUAGUAGUCUUGAUGAACAUAUACCUUAUAUUGAUGAAACUGAUUUUGAAGAUUUAGGUUAUAUACUACAUCGUCGUCGUGUUCCGCCAAUUGAUUCAAAUGAACCCAUUCAUGAAGAAACUAUUGUAUAUAAAUCACCUUUUUAUAUUAAAAAUAAACAUCGUUCAAAAUCAUCUAUUAUUUCACUUAAUAAUACAACAAAUGAUAAUGGUGUAAAUAGAAAAAUUUAUGAAAUAUAUGGUAAUCAUCAAGAUGCACAUAAAGCUAUAUUAGAAUCACCAAUAUUUGAUAAUGUUGAAUUAAUAACAUAUGCAUGUACAAAAUCAAAUCCAUCACCAAUACGUCAUUGUAGUUUACGUAAUGUUCCACGUGAAGCUUUACUUAAAACAAUGUCACAACCAACAUCCAUACCACCAUAUAUUAAUAAUUCUAAUGAUAAACAUACAACAUCAUCAAUUAUAUUUGUAUCAAAAGCUAAAACAUCAACAUCACCACCAAUAUCAUCAUUGAAACAAGUACAACAAAUAACAACAACAUCAUCAUCAAUACAAAAUGCUGAUGUUGAAAGAGCCUUAAUUGAUUUUUAUCAAUGUAGUCAAAUAAAUGAUAUAGAUGAUUGUUUAACAUUUAAUAAUGAUAAUAGUGAAAGUGAAGAUCUUGAAUAUUCAUUAUCAAAUUAUAAUGAAAUAUGUGAAGAAACAUCAUCAUUACUUCGUCUUAAUGAACAACAUUCAUCAGCAUUUAUUGAUGAUGAAUCUUGUACAGAUGAUUAUUCUACUAAAACUAAACAAAUACAAUCAAGACGUUAUACAUAUACACAAAAUAAUAAUCAUUUUAUGAAAAUGAUGAUAUUAAAUAAAACUCGACGAAAUUUAACUAUUGAUACAACAAGUGAUGAUCGAACAACAACAAAUAGUUUUAGUUUAAAUACAUAUAGUCAAGAUUAUUCUGUUGAUAAAAUAUUUCAAUCUGAUUCAUCAACAUUAUAUAAACAACAAUAUAAUGUCUCAUCACCAAAUCAACAAACAUCUCAACAUAGUUGGCGUAGUUCAUCAUCAACAGCAACAACAACUUCAUCAUCAUGUCAAGAUAAACAAAUACCAUUAUUAUUACGUACAUCAUCACCACAACAGUUUUUAACAGCUGUAGAAAAAAAACGAAAUGCAUCAUCAGAUUCUGAUGCUAUUACAACAACAACAACAUUAACGAACAGUACACAAUAUGGAGGACGUGAUAUUGAUAAAACUAAACAAAAACUUAGUGAUUCUAUAUCUCAAGAUGUAUUACGUGCAUUUAAUAAAUUAAAUGCAACAACAAUAACAGAUGAACCAGAAAUUGAAAAACUUGAAACAAAUGAAAUAAAUUCAACAAUAAAUAAAAUAAUUGAUAUUGAUACAAAAUAUCAUUCAGUAUCAGAUACAUUAACACGUGAUAAUGAUACAUCAGGUUAUGGUUCACAUGAUGAUCCAUCAUCAAUUAAUAAUCGUAUAUCUUCAAAAGUAACAUUUGAUAGUUUUAUGACACAAAAUUCAGUUCCAUCAUCACCAAAAACAAAAGAUCAAUCUAUAAUGGCACAAAUUGAUAUAAAAGAACGUUCAAAUCAAACAACAAAUAACAAUAAUCAUGAACUAAUACAAGAUAGUAAUGAAAAUAAAAAUGGACGUUUAGUUCUUAUAAGUGAAGGAACAAUUACAAGUGGAUCAACAUCAGCUAAAUCAAGUGUUAAAGAACUUGUACAAAAUCAAAAAGCAGCAAAUCAUAGAAAAUCAAAAUCACAAAAUCGAGCUCGAAAAGCUUUAAGAACUAUUACUUUUAUUCUUGGCGCUUUUGUCGUUUGUUGGACCCCAUGGCAUAUAUAUUCUGCGAUACAUUCAUUAUGCGAAUCAUGUACACAUAAUUGGAUAUUUUCUAAUCCAAUGUUUCAUUGUUUUUAUUUUCUUUGCUAUCUUAAUUCACCGAUUAAUCCUUUUUGCUAUGCAUUGGCUAAUCAACAAUUUAAAAAGACAUUUACAAGAAUUUUAAAAUUGGAUUUACGUCGUUUAUAA